GUUUCUCCAUGAGCAGGGCAGCAGCCGCAGCGGGCGGCGGAGCGGCGGGGGAGCGCGGACCGGGCCGCUCCUAGGCUGCGCGGGGCCCUGCGCGGGGCGCGCAAGGCGCGAGGGGGCGGCGGCGGCGGCGGCACCAUGGCCGCGGUGCAGGCGUCCCGCCGGCAGUGGUGUUACUUGUGCGACCUGCCCAAGAUGCCGUGGGCCAUGAUCUGGGAUUUCAGCGAGGCCGUGUGCCGGGGCUGCGUGAACUUCGAAGGGGCCGAUCGCAUCGAGUUCCUCAUCGAGACGGCGCGGCAGCUCAAGCGCAGCCACGCCAUGCAGGACGCCCGCUCGCCGGGGCCCCAGGCCGUCAAGCAUGCCAAGGACGGAGGGCCCCUGGACAGGGCCGGGCUGGAGCGCUACGAGCGGGCCCGGGGGCCCGGCGACUACACCCUCAGCCCCCGGCUGCCCAACGGCCUGGCCCGGGCGGAGGACGGGGGGCCCGAAGGCAGCCGGCAGAGCCCCACCGCCCGGCGGGCGCUGAUCGGCCCCGUGCCGCCCAGCUUGGGGCUGAUGGGGGCGCCGCAGGGCUUGCUGGCCGCCGUGUCGGGGCUGGGGGCCCGGGGGCCUGGCUUGGGCUUGGCCGCCUCCUCGCCCCUCCUGGGGGAGCUGGGCAAGGCGCGGGGGCCCUACGGCGAAUACGAGAAGCAGCGCAACGUGGAGUGCCUGGCCGAGCUGAGCGAGGCCCUGCGGGGCCGGGCGGAGGAGUGGCACGGCAAGCCCAAGGCGGUGCGGGAGCAGCUGCUGGCCCUCUCGGCCUGCGCCCCCUUCAACGUGCGCUUCAAGAAGGACCACGCGCUGGUGGGGCGUAUCUUCGCCUUCGACGCCGCCCCCCGGCCUGGCUAUGAGUUCGAGCUGAAGCUCUUCGUCGAGUACCCGUGCGGCUCGGGCAGCGUCUACGCCGGCGUCCUCACCUUGGCCAAGCAGAUGUUUCACGACUGCCUCAAGGACCCCGGCAAGGUGAUCUCCUCCGGCUACAAGUACCUGGAGUAUGAGAAGCGCCACGGCACCGGGGACUGGCACCUGCUGGGGGAGCUCUUCACCGAGGGCGUCCGGUUCUUCCGGGACCCCCCGGCCCCCGAGGCCCUGCCCCAGCAGUUCCUAGACAGCAGCUGCGCCAUGCUGCCCAGCGCCCUGGUGCGGGCCAUGCCGCCCCGGGCCGUCAUGCGGCGCCGCAAAGCCUCCCCGGAGCCGGAGGGCGAGGGGGGCGCGGCGGGCAAGCUGACGGGCGAGGAGCAACAGCAGAGGCAGAACUGGCUUCCCCAAGGCUCGGCCGGGAUCUACUCGCCGGGCAUGGCCCACCUUGCCGCGCCCGCCGGCCAGGCCCCCGGGCCCGAGGGCGCCCUGCGCAACGACCCCUCGCCCAUCACUGCGCUGAAGAACGUCGCCGACGCCCUGGGAGCCGGGCAGUCGCCGAAGGACGCCAACCCCGUCCACUCCACCACGGCCCGGCAAAACAGCGCCAGCCCUGCCUCGCCCGCCGCCUCGACCCAGCACCGGCUGGUCCCCCGCAACGGCGAACCUGGGCAGGCGCCUUCCUCGUCCUCCUCUUCCUCCGGGGCCCACUCGGCCGGUGGCACCGACUCGGCCGGCGCCCAGAGCGCCCCCGAUUCCUCGGGCGGCCCCAGCAGCGCCCCCCUGUGCUGCACCAUCUGCCACGAGCGGCUGGAAGACACCCACUUUGUGCAGUGCCCGUCGGUGCCCUGUCACAAGUUCUGCUUCCCUUGCUCCCGCGAUUUCAUCAAAGCCCAGGGGGCGGCCGGCGAGGUCUAUUGUCCCAGCGGGGAGAAGUGCCCCCUGGCCGGCUCCAACGUGCCCUGGGCCUUCAUGCAGGGAGAAAUCGCCACCAUCUUGGCCGGAGACGUGCGAGUCAAAAAGGAGCGUGAUCCGUGAACUGAGAGCUGGGAGGGGGGAUCGUGGGGGGUCCCCUCUCGCCUGUGAUCUGGGGGCCCCCUGGCAGCAAGAGGCCUCAGGAAUAACUGGCGCUACAAUUAACUUAUUGCCCUUUUUAACCUUUCCCAGUCUGGGGCCCUGUGUAUAAUCUAUUUUUUAAUAUUUCCAUAGCUCUCUUAUAUAUGAGGUCAUAUCUACAUAACCAACUGGGGGGGGGGGGGUCGCGUGUGUGUUUGGGGGGAGAUGGGAGGGUUUGCUACAUAGCAGCAUAAGGGGUUUGGGGGUGGGAGUGGUAAGGGACAGAGCGAGGCCUAGAGGCCAUUUUGGGCCACCCUGGAGAUGGAAUCUCUCUUUUCCGCCCCAGAGGGCAUGCAACUGGGGCAGGGACUCCCUGCCUGUCUGCUAAUGUGUCUCAGGCCUGGCAAGGCGUCACCCCUGGGGUGAGGGUGCCAUGUGUCAAUCUCCAUGGCUCACUGGGCCUGCGGCUCCUGCCAGUCAAUGGAAGCAGCUGAGAACCCACAAACUCGCUCCAUGCGAGGAGAGGGAUGUGAGCCUUGCCUGUCACAGUCCUGGGUCCGGAUCAGAGCUGGUACCCCCUAGAGGGGAAGGGCCCCAUAUCGCAUCCCUUGCUCGCUCUCCCAGCCAGGGGGGGAUUCCGGGCCUUGGGGCCAGACUCUGGACACCUUGUUUAGCAGCUCAGCUCCUGGCAUUCUGGGUUCCAAGGUUUGGGGAACUCUUUUCCCCCCCCGCCCCUCUUGUGGGUUCCCCAGCUGGGCCCGUAAGGGAGCCCCCCUUCCCCCGGGAAGAGCAGCACAGGGACCCUGUGAGUAGAAAGCCCGAGGGGAAGGGUGACCAGCUGUGCCUCCUUGCCACCCAACUACCUGUGCCAGUCUGCUCACUCCUGACUUGCAGCCCCCUGCUAGCCCAGCCCUGGGCUCCCCCCAGCUCUGCCGGUACCCCUCACUCCCAACUCGCAGCCCCCUGCCAGCCCAGCCCUGUUUCCACCACCCCCAGCUCUGCCGGUGACCCUCACUCCUGACCUGCAGCCCCCUACUAGGCCAGCCCUCGGCUCCCCCACUGGCUUGGCUGAUGCCCCUCGAGCCCGACCCGCAGCCCGACUGGGAGCCACGAGCAGAGGUUGCUUGGCUGAAUGGUGUGGUUGGGGGGGGGGGGGGGGAGUGAAGGAGACCCACCAGACUAAUGUCACGUGAGCCCUCAGUAGCGCACAGAGUUACAGCUGAGCCCGCAGCGAAAGCUAGCUCCUAACCCCCCCCCCCCCCCCACCCCCGAUAUUCAGGUGCCAGUGCACACCCAGUCCCCACUAAUCCUUUCGAGCGGGAGUCAGGACUCCUGGGUUCAAUUCCCUAUGGGGCUAAAGCUGGGAAGACACUGCCCUGGAGAGAUUUGAGGUUCCUGUUGUUUGAAUGGGGGAACCCCAGCUUCCUUGGCCAGAGAAACAGUUUUGAGAGGAGAUGGGGUUGAUUUACAGUAGGGCCUACCUUUAUUGUUGAUGAUUGUAGGAUCCAGGCUGUUUGGGAAGGAGACAAGGGGAUGGCAGCCAGAAUUCCUGGAUUCUGUCCCCAGCUUGGGGAGGGGAGUGAGGUCUAGUGGUUAGAGCAGGGGGCUGGGAGCCAGGACGCCUGGGUUCUAUCCAAGGCUUUGCUACAGGUUUGCUGUGCAGCUGUGGGCUAGAUACUUCACCUCUCCGGGCCUCAGUUUCCUUCUGUCAAGUGGGGAGGCUGGCCCUGUAACUGCUCAGCCAGCCUAGGGCUGCGAUGUCCCCCUUUGUCAGUGCUCCUCUUUCAGAGCCCCCCAGUAACAACCCAGGGGCACUCCUGAAUCCCCAUGACAACAAAGAUCCUUGUGCAACCCUACAAUAACAAACUGGCAUCCCGUGUCUCCAAGGACAAAAUUCAUAAGCAGUGGGGAAAAGGAAGAGGAGCAGUUCUGUGGGUGACCCCUCCCCCCAGCUCAGCCAGCAGCCCCUUUAAGGGGUCCUCGCUGAUGUCCGGUCCCCACCCCCACCCCCACCACUGGAUUUCCAUCGUAGGCAACAAGCGUUCCUUGGUGGGCAGCACAGCGACCUGAGACGGGCUGGACGCCACAGGGAGCUGGGAAUAAGGGGGUGGGAGAGAAAAGUGCCUAGACCCCGGUUUCCAUGGGGGACUGACCUCCCCCCCUCUCCCCCACACACAUGCACCCCGUGCUCCCUGGGGCAGGGGAAUCUUCAUACCAAAAUGCUGAGCAGACGCACACGGAAAUGGGGCCACGUCCGAGGGGCUGUGUGCUGGGGGCAUCCCAUGGUGUGGGUGGGCCAAAGGUAGAAAGGGUCUGGGGCAGGGGAAUAGAAGAUUCCCCCUCUUUUAACUGCUCCCCUGUCAUGCCUGGCUUGGGGGCCCCAUGGAUCUGUCCCCACCUGGCUUGGGGUCCCCAUGGGGCUGUGCCUUGGCUGGGAGGUUAUUCGGGGGAGAUUCUUGUGUGGGGGGGUCCCACUGGGUCUCCCUGCCAUGCCUGGACCCAGCGGGAUGGGCCAGGGAGGCUCCUAUGGGCGCAAUGGGGGAGCAGGUGUCGGGAGGGGGGAGUGUAGGACACAGGGGUGUCUGGUGGGGGGACGCUCCCAGCUUCAGGCACCUCCGGGGGUUGGGGGGGAAUCAAAUCAGCUUGUGAUUCUCUUUGUUUUUUGUCAAUAAACUGAUUCUUCUGUUUGUUUUUGUUUAAA